AUCUCCGUUAGGAGAAGGCAGACUCACUACGAAUUACCUCAUCUUACAUUUUGCACGGCGCUGUAGCACGGCCCAGUCUUUGACGGGUGCGGCUUGUUUCCGGACUGGUCCGGGGCGCCGAAGGACCCGCCCUUAGCAACGCGUCCUGGCGCCGCGUAUCCAAGGGCCGGCCGGCCGGCGUGGUGAUGGCGGGCGAGGAGAGUGCGGAGAAAAUCCGGAGCAAGCGGAUCUUCCUCAACCACCUGGACUCGUUCGUGGGCCGCUACGUGGGGAAAUACUUAUCGAACUCUGUGGUUGGAUCAUCUCUGGAGGAACAGAACGAUGAUGAAGAACAAAAUGAGGAAGAGACAGAGUCUGCCAAAAGUGUUCCACUGGCCAAAGGGACGUAUCAAGUGGUGGGAACAUUGAGCAAUCCUGAAGACAAGAAGCCUGAUUUUGCUUUUGAAAUCUUCUCUUUCGAAACACAUGACCAACUGUUCGAAUAUCUCCGGGAGUGUGACAUCAUCAUCUAUAAUAUCACAGAAGUACCUGAACAAAUUGAUGAAGCCUCGUGGGCUGUUUCAGCACUACAUUCCGAUUUAGAAAAUUUCGAGAGUCCAAAAAUAUUUAUUCUGUUGUCGACAAUAAUGACAUGGGCUCAAACUAAACCUGUCGAUCCCGAGGAUCCAGAGGUUGCAUUCACGGAGGACGAUUAUCGCAGAAGGAAGUCUCAUCCAAACUUUAAGGAUCACCUCAGCCUUGAGAAGCUAGUCAUCAAACUUGGAAAAACUAAAAAGCGGAAGUUUUCUACCUACGUUAUUGCUUCUGGAGUCAUUUAUGGAAUGGAUGAAAGUGUGUUUCAUCUCUUCUUCAAGGAAGCCUGGCUUGGGCUGAAUCCAACAAUACCAUGCUUUGGAGAUGGAAAAAAUAUUGUUCCAACCAUUCACGUGAAUGACUUAGCUGGAGUGUUACAAAAUAUAGCGGAACAUAAACCAAAAACGUACUACAUACUUGCGUUGGAUGAGUCAAAGCACACAUUGAAAGAGUUGGUGAAGGCGAUCAGUAAGCUUGGACCAGGCAAGAUCCAGCACAUUCCACAAGAAGAUGCCCUGCUGAAUAAUGAGUUGACACAAUCAGACUUUGAUCACCUGCUGGUGAACCUGACAAUGGAGGCUUUUUUCAUUAAGGAAAACUUCAAUAUCCGCUGGGUGGCUGAAUCUGGUAUCGUAGAAAACAUCCAGAGCCUUUUCAAAGAAUUCAAGCAAUCUCGCGGACUUAUGCCAUUAAAGAUUGCCAUUUUUGGACCACCAGCAGUGGGGAAAACCUCAGUGGCGGAGAAGCUGGCCAAGCAUUACAAGCUGCACCACAUCAAAAUUAAAGAUGUCAUCACAGAGACUAUAGCAGACCUGGAAUUAAGGAGCUCACAGGCCGAUGCUGAGGAAGCUGAAGAAGGUGAGGAAGAAGAUGAUGAAGGGGCUGGAGACGGAGAUCCCCAGGAACUCCUCGACCAAGUCAGAGAAAAUAUGGACCAAUCUGGUGGUCGCUUGGAUGACACCUACAUCAUCAGGUUUAUGAAGAAGAAGCUGUUAUCUAUGCCUUGCCAGAACCAGGGUUUUAUUCUUGAUGGAUUUCCCAAGACCUUUUUACAAACUAAGGACCUCUUCGGUGCUGAGGAGGAGGAGGAAGAAGAAGGUGGCAUGAACAAACUACCACAGUAUGACAAAGCUAUCACUCCUGAAUACGUUUUUGCUUUGGAAGCUUCUGAUGAGUUCCUGAAGCAACGCAUCUUGAACCUGCCAGAGAGUGUUGUCGUUGGGACUCAUUACACACAAGAAAGGUUCUUGCGUUAUCUUGCCCAUUAUAGGGAACAGAACACGGAAGAUGAGACCCUCCUGAACUACUUUGAUGAGAUUGAGAUUCAUCCAGUUCAUAUUGAUGUUUCACAAGACAAUGAUGCUGAAAACACCCCUGUGGUCCAUGAUAUUAUUCAAAUUGUGGGAAAGCCCAAAAACUAUGGACCUACACUCGAAGAACUGAAAGAACUGCAGCGCAAGGAAGCAGAUGAGCGUCUAGCCAAAGAAGCUGCAGAACGAGCUGAGCAGGAACGCAGGGAGGCAGAAGAAGCUGCAGAAAAGUUAGCACGAUGGGAGGAAUGGAACAAGCGACUGGAAGAGGUAAAGAAACAAGAACAGGAAUUCCUUGAAGCACAUUCGAUCCCACUGCGAAAUUAUUUAAUGCAGAACGUUAUGCCCACCCUGACCCAGGGACUGAUUGAGUGCUGCAAAAUCAGACCUGAAGACCCAGUGGACUUUCUGGCUGAGUACUUGUUCAAGAACAAUCCACAAGUUGAAUGAAGAGGAAAGAGAAGUCCUGACAUCAAAUAAACAUGAAGAUGAGUUCUGAUGGAACACAAUUGAUUAGAACUGUUUCUUUAUAAGCUGUGUAUUAGUAAAAGUAAUUGUAAUGGAAAUAUUAUUUGUGGUAUUAAAUCCUUCUAAUAUAUUCAAAUAAAGAGAACCCAUUGCUUUUACAUUGCAAUGUCCUUAUGCUACUUAAAAACACGAUUAAAAAGUGUACCAUUUGUCUAUUAGACUAUGAUUCAUAUGAGACCUAGGACAGAAAAGUCAUGUGAAAUCAAUUGAUGUAUUUUUAAGUUAAAAAAUAAAUGGAAUGUCUAGAAUAAGAAAAUGUCAGGCUUAAUAAGCAAAAACAAUUUCAGAACAAAAUAUUCAAAUAAUCGCAUACAAUGUCAAAAAGUACAUGUGUGCCAUUGUUGAGAAAUCUUUUCAGCAUCUCUCUCACAUUGAAUUUUAUUUUGCUGUCUGUACACAAUUAAGGGGUCUGAAGGACCACUGUGUGUCACUACUGUCAGUUGACCACUACCUGCCCCACACAAUUGUGUCACAUCAGAACUACCAUGUUGGUGGAUUUUAUUCUGAGUAAUAUUCAAUUCGGGAUUAGUUUUUUUAGAAGGUAAUUAUUGAGUUUAACCCGAACACAGUUGUCAAUUCUAGUACAAGAGUUACACAUGAAUUUCAUAUUGAUUUACACAUAAUAGCUGUGUAACUAAUGUGGGCACUUUAAAGAAGCUAAUCUUUAA